AUGGGUAGAAAAAAAGCCAAAGGCGAAUACAACGACUUCCUCGACGACACGCGGCACCAAAACAACAAUGACAUCCACACUACACUGCAGACCGCAUCUACACUGACCCGCACCAUCUCGCCACCAACCUCAACGCAGCCAUCUCAGCACCGCAAUAAUACGCCCAAACUCAAGAAGCCCCCCUUGACGCACUUCCUCAGCCUGCCCAUCACCGCCCCACAGCUCCCCACGGCCCUGACUAAGUUGCGUCAAGAUCUCGAAACCCACACGCCCGUGCCCCCCGCCGCCGUCCGGCCCCCAGGCUCCCUCCACCUCACCCUCGGCGUCAUGGCGCUCAGCCCCACACAGCUCUCAGAAGCGACCCGGCACCUCGAGACCCUCGAUCUCGCACUACUACUACGCGGCAUCACGACGCAGACGCGCGCAGCCCUGGCGCAGGACUCGGCCGCCGUGGGCGAGAACGCGGGGGCCGUCGCGCAUUUCUCGGAGGCGAGCGAGGCGGUCGAGGCGGCGGAGGGCGCGUUGAAGGUCAGUCUGUACGGGCUGGUGCCGAUGCAGAGUGCGGCAUCCACGAGCGUGUUGUAUGCGCAGCCGAAGGACGUGGGGGGCCGGUUGGAGCGGUUUGUGGAGAGUGUGAAGGGCGGGUUUGAGGAGGGCGGGUGGGUUGUGAGGGAUGGAAGGGCGGUGAGGUUGCAUGUCACGCUUGUGAACACGGUGUAUGCGAAGGGGCGGAGGGGGAGGGGUGGGGCGGGUAAAGAUGGGGAGAUUGGGGAGAUUGGGGAGAUUGGGGAGGGAGAGGGCGCGGAUGGAGGAAAGGCCCGUAGACGGGACUCGAAGAGCUGGAUGCGUUUUGACGCCACAGGGUUGAUUGAGGCGUAUAAGGACUUUGCUUGGGCGGACGACGUGCUGAUUGACAGAGUGCAGAUCUGUAAGAUGGGCGCGCGGAAGAUCCUGAAUGAAGAGACGGGCGAGAUCGUGGACGAAAAGUAUGAGGUCGUUGCUGAGAAGAGGAUAUAA